GUGCAUCCAGAAUGAUGGCCCACACUUCUCGACUUGCAACCACCUUCUCCCGCGCGUAUCCAUGGGUGAAAAGCCCCUUGGUGGUCAGCGCGCCGAUGCGGGUGAUGGCCGGUCCAGCAUUGGCGGUCAGCGUCUCACAAGCUGGCGGCCUCGGCUUUCUGGGCCCGCGAGUGAAAACCCACGAGAUGCUGGCCGACUUGCAAGACACUUCCGACCGCGUCAAAGCCCUGCAACAUCAAUCAUGGGCCGAGAGUCCUGUUCUGCCGGUCGGCGUGGGGUUUCAGCUCUGGAGUGAUGACCCAGAGAUCGCCAUUGCCGCCAUUGAGCAAUAUAAACCGUGUGCCGCAUGGCUAUACGCCCCUCGCGACCCGCAACGAGACUACGACAUAUGGUCGCGUCGGAUUCGCACCGUCUCCGCUCAAACCCAGAUCUGGAUUCAGAUAGGGACUCUAGCGGAGGCCAGAGCACUGUUGCAGGGUCAGGAAUUGCCCGACGUGAUUGUCGUGCAAGGAGCGGAGGCAGGCGGCCACGGUCGGGCUCGCGACGGACUGGGGUUGAUUACUCUUCUCCCCGAGGUCGCCGACUUGGUGGCUGGACAGAUCCCUCUCUUCGGAGCGGGAGGCAUUGCUGAUGGGCGCGGUGCUUCGGCGGCUCUCUGUCUAGGAGCGUCCGGGGUGGUGAUGGGGACCCGGUUCCUGGCCUCUGAAGAAGCCCGCAUCAGUGCCGGUUACCAGCAAGAAAUCGUGCGCGCCAGCGACGGGGCCGUUUCGACCACCAAGACCAUGCUGUACAACCAUUUACGUGGCACGAUGGGCUGGCCAGCGGAGUACAGCCCCCGAACCAUCAUCAACCAGUCUUUCAUCGAACAUCAACAGGGGCGACCGUUUGAGGAGCUGAAGGAACUGCACGAUCAAGCCCUCAAGGCAGGCGACAGUGGCUGGGGUCCAGCCGGUCGACUGGCCACCUACGCUGGAGCAUCCAUUGGCUUAAUACACAAAGUCCAAAGUGCGGCAACCAUUGUAAAAGAGGUGCAAGAAGAGGUAAAAGCAAAAUUACCUGGGACGGUUGGAGGUGAGGAGGCAGGCGUGUAAGGUAACUUAGAGAGUAGGGGGUCUCUGUUUGCCUGGGUUAGUUUACAAACCACCCACUACAGUUUUAAUAGCAAGUCAAUAAGCAGCAUUUGUUUGUAUGCGGGGGAGUGGGGAUCUGCAAACACGGGGACU